GGAAUAUUGAAUCUCAUUUAUGUGUACUCUUCGAACUCUGAAGCAUUUUGAAGCAAAUUAUCGAAAGGUUUCUUCCUCUUAUUUAUGAAGUUCAAUCCCGACUCGAAAAGAAAUAUUACACCUAGGAACUUCAUAGUCUCCAUUUGACCAAAAUUUGAUCAUGGAAACUCUUUACUUGUAUCUUCCUCUUCUGAUCAUAGCCCUUCAUAUCUUAACAAGCCGAAUUCUUCACAAACUUCAAAACCUUCCUCCGACCCCUUUUCCAUCACUACCAUUCAUAGGACACCUCUACUUGAUCAAAAAGCCAAUCUACAAAUCUCUAUCCAAUCUCUCAAAACAAUACGGCCCUGUAAUUUCUCUCCAUCUGGGCUGUGUUCCUGUCGUUGUUGUUUCAUCUCCAUCUGCAGUUGAAGAUUUCUUGGUGAAAAACGACAUCAUUUUCGCGAACCGCCCGAAGACUUUAAACGGAAAGUACUUCGGUUACAACUACACCAGCCUCGCUUGGUCAUCCUACGGUGAACAUUGGAGAAACCUCCGAAGAAUUUCAUCCCUUGAAGUGUUGUCUUCCAACAGAAUACAGUUAUUGUCCUAUAUUCGGGUUGACGAGGUUCGAUCCUUGAUCCGGAAACUCUUUAAAGCUGCUUCUACUCAAUCAUCAGCUGAUAUGAAGUCAUCUUGUUUUGACCUCACUUUUAAUGUCUUGACGAGGAUGAUGGCCGGGAAAAGGUAUUAUGGAGGUGAGAUUAAUGUUGAGAAAUCCGAUGAAGCAAAAGCUUUUCAUGAGAUAACAUCCCAAGCGGCGAGGCUGAACCCGACGGCAAUGGUUCUUGAUUUCUUGCCAUUUAUGCGAUGGUUUGGACUAUAUGAUGUGGAGGAAAAGAUGAAAAACAUACAGCGGAAAAGAGACAAGUUUAUGCAGAAUCUGAUUGAUGAGAUUCGUGACAUCUGUAGAACUGAUAGUUCAGGCAAGAAUAAGACCAUGAUGGGCACCUUAUUGGAUUUGCAACACCAAGAACCUGAAUACUAUUCCGAUGAAACCAUAAAGAGCCUCAUGUUGAUACUGCUUCAAGCAGGAUCAGACACAACGGCAAGGACAAUGGAAUGGGCAAUGGCACAUUUGAUAGACAAUCCAGAUGUUCUAAAGAAGGCGCAAUCCGAAAUCGAUGACGUCAUCGGUGGUCAAGAUCGUUUGAUUUUGGAGUCUGAUCUUGUUUCACUUCCUUACAUUCGAUGCAUCAUUAACGAAACUCUGCGGAUGCAUCCACCAGCACCAUUGUUAUUGCCUCAUAAAGCAUCCCAAGAUUGCAUGGUCGGAGGCUUCAAAGUCCGGGCCGGAACUUUACUGUUAGUAAACCUAUGGGACAUACAACGGAAUCCCAAGUAUUGGGAUGAUCCGGAGAAGUUCAUCCCUGAAAGAUUUGCGGGUUCAGAAACUAUUGGCGGUGGAAAAGAAGAGUUGAAGUUCUUGCCUUUUGGUUUAGGGAGGAGGGGAUGUCCUGGGAAUAAUUUGGCUAUACAUGUUUUGGGUUUUGCAUUGGGCUCAUUAAUCCAGUGCUUCAAUUGGGAAAUGGAGGAUGAAAAGCCUAUGGACUUGAGUGAAGGUUUAGGAAUGCCUAUUUCGAAGGCUCAGCCUUUGGUAGCUAAGUGUUCGCCCCGGCCUAAUAUGCAAAAACUUCUCUCUUCACUUUGAAGUACUCAAAAAUAUUGUUCACAUUUAAUACAAUUUAAAUUAAAAAUUAAAAAAUUUAAACUGGAUUAUUAUUUUGGGGUAAAAAAAAGAAAACUAUUUUGUAAGGCUCAACCUUUGGUAGCCGAGUAUUUUUACAUUAGAAUGAAUCUUAACCGUUC